AACUACGAUCGUGCUACGAACUCUUGAUAUCAAGCAAUAGCAAUGUUGUGAUGUGGUUGUAAUAAAUAUGUAUUUAUAAAUAAAAAAUUAAUGAUAAUAAGUCAGCUUGUAGAAAAAAGUAAUAGAUGAUGAAUAAUUGUUUUCACUUUCGAUAUUAGUGUGGUGAUAACAAAUAGGUGUUCAUUGAUAUGGAGAAACAAUUAGAUAGAGUUAUGGACGAAGUCUUGACCGUGCCAGGUAUAAGUGGGUGCAUUUUUUCUGAUAAGCAGGGUUUAUGUAUAGGAGUAAAGGGCAAAGCGUCUGCUGAAAGUGCUGGCAUUAUGUCGGCCAUAGCGAAUCAAGUUGCUAAAUUAGAACCAGAUAACAAAUCUCCUAUAAUAGUUUAUGAAAACGAUAAUCAAAGUUGUAUAAUUCAACAACAAGGAGAUAUUACAGCUGCAAUUUAUAAAACAGGCAUUAUUUAAAUUCUGUGGAUUUAUUUGUUUUUAUGUAAUGUAUUUGUAAAAUUAAACGUAAGUUUAUUUCUUAAAAAGUAA